AUGGACUGCUGCAGCAGCACGAAUUACGUGGACUAUCGGCAGCAUUCGAUGAACGGCAACUUCUGCUAUCCCUAUUCGGGCGGUAUGCUGCGCAGUGCGUCUCCGUACGCGAUGGCCAGUCCCGGGAUCGCCACUUCCGGUCGGUAUGGGGCGGACUUCCGCUCCACGGGGUCUGGGUUGGGUGGGUACCAUGGGGGUGCGGGUUUUGACCCGGGUUACGACAAGUAUUACGGUGCGUAUCAUCACACUCCAGCGGCGUACCAAGCGUCCGGUUACUAUGGUAACUAUUCGCCAUCUUACCACCGUGAGUACGCGACAGGAUAUGGCCACUACUACCACCAGGCGCAAUCCCCGUACGCUCGGGGUGGCGCUGGUCUUCCCUCGGGGUAUGCGGGGAUGACUUCUUCGUCCUCUAACCCCGGAGGUUACCUGUACCCGGGACGGCAUUAUCCAUCGCACCCGUUUGGAGCAACCCGGGAGUCGUAUUAUCACGCUUCUCACCGUGAUCCUCACCAGCAGCAGCAGCAGCAGCAACAGCAACACCAGCACCAGCAGUACGCGAACUUUGCCAGCUAUGGCCAUCUGGCGCCAUACAGGAGCUCCCCAAUGGGGCCCGGAUCACACGAGCAUUCGGGUGGAAAAUCGCACCACCAUUCGCAGCCUCCACCACCGCCACCUCAAUAUCCUUCACCACAGUCGGGUUUCACCGGAAGUCACACCGAACGGGGGAUGCCCACUAGUGGCGCAAGCUCGCUGGAGGGCGUGAGUGGGGGUUCCGCGGGACACCCGUCACCAUCGCCGUCACUCUUUGGUGCCGCGAAUGGUUACUCUUCACCCGGUUCCGAUUACACGUCGCUGCCUGCGUCCUUCAGCGCGGCGAGUGAAAGCCCCCAGCAUCCGCAGCUCGCCAAUCGUCAGGACACGGCGGAGGAGGAGGAUGCCCCGACGACAGCAACACCCACACCUACGGCGGUGGCCAUGCUCGGUGCAACAGAGUUUACCCACGGCACAAAGGACACCACCACCCGCAUGCGAAAGCCCAAGGAGCGCAAGCUGCACCGGAGCAGCCGAACCAGCAGCCCAACAGGGACGACGGCGAACGCAGCAUUAGGUGGAGGUGGCGUUGCAACUGCACCAGCAACGAGGAUGAAAUCACUGGAUGCACUUACAAAUUUAUGCUGGCCUGAAGAUGAACAAAUGCCAAGCAGAAUGAGAAAACAAUCCGCUGCCAAUGGAUCGAAAGCGAAGGAUACAACUGGCAACAGAAAGGAAAGCAACGAGUUGGACUCCACCGCAACGGCGUCUCCCAGUAGGCCAGCAGGUUCGGGCAGACGUACGAAAAAGCAGACGGCCAGCAGCAAGCAAUCGAAAGAACCGAAAUCAUCCAUCGAAAACAGGGAGAAGCAAGCAAACGGUGCUCCACCGACACCGCCCGUGGAAAACAAAAACGUUACACCACUGCCCGGCUUCCAGCAGGCUUUUGGCUCGACCGAAAUUGGCAAAUUUUCCGAGGUGUUCUUCAACAGUAGCCCGGCGGCUGCGGACAACAGCCCACCACACCAUCAUGCGUUGCAUCACCAGCAACACGCGGAUCAGCAUCGGCACCAUCAACAGCAGCGACAGCAGCAACAGCAAGGACCAACGUCCCAGCAAGUGCCCGCUCAGCAGCCCCAUGGUACGAUGCAGCAGCUAGUAAUGGAAUCGCUCAACUCGUACGAGUCCGAUGUCGACACGCUCAGCCCGCAACCCUGGGAUCCUUCGGCAACGGCUCCAGGGGAUACGUACGAGGGUGUCGGGGCUACAAGCACCGGGUACAACCUCCAGAUAGGAACUACCUUCCAUCCGUCGUACUACGAAUCGUCGUCCUAUUCCGACCAUGCCGUCGACUCGCCGCUAGGCAACUACUUUAGCGAAAUGACAUGCAACGAGUUUGUAAACUAG